AUGACACUAUUUUUUAUAAUACAUCCCCCACUUCCUUUUCGUAUUCCUGAUUCCGCAGUAAAAACCUGGAACAAAGCGAACGUUUGUAUUUUGACGUAUAUCUCUGAUAAGCCAACAAAGUAUUCCGAGUUGGCCAUGGUUACUAAGAAGGAAUACGCACAAAAUUUUGGAUACGAAUUUGCUGUUAAGCGUGUUGCUGAUAAGUCUUGGAAUGCAAUCCAAUUGCUGUUGGAGACGAUCGAAGAAUAUCCUGAUAUCGAAUGGUUCUGGCUUACUGAACAGAAUACUAUAAUCACAAACAAAUUUCUCAAUCUUGAUAUACAAUUGUUUCAACAUCUACACGCUCAUAAUGGUAUCGAAUUAUUGGCUACUUAUGACUGCCAGGGGUUCAGUGCGGAUUCGCUUGUGAUUCAUAAUUCUAACUGGUCAAAGAGUUUCUCAAGUAUGAUAAACAAUCUGGUUGAGGGCGGAUACAAAAUUAACGAUGCCAUAAGUCUGCUGAUAAAUCAAAAUGCAGAUGAUAUUGCUAAAAGAGUGUUCUUUCUGCCUACGCGAUCCAUAAACUCGAGACCGAAAGAAAUAUGCAAGAAGGAAGAAAAAUAUAAAUGGCGCCCUGGUGACUUUGUCGUUAAUAUGUCUGGUUGUAACAUUACUCAUAGUUGUUCCGAUACAGUCAAUAGUCUUCGUAGCAUGUUUGAUGUUGUACAGGAAAUGGUUUUGUUGAAGACCGCCUUUAUAAUGUCAAAUAAAUUGCGAAAGUCAGUACGCGUUGUCGAUCUGCCAGAAGGAGUGUUAUCUAGUGACAUGUGCCUUCAAGAAAAGCUAACGAACCGUGUUCUGAUCGAAACAUUUGAUCCGAUUUUAGAUUAUCAUAAACCGAAUGAAGCAAGAGCAUCCGAUAAUCAAUCUCUCGAUGAAUCGCUCGGCUCAGAUUCCACAAUCAAUUCGUCCAAACGAUCAGCCGAUUUAUUAAAUCAAACAGCAACCGAUACGCUUAACGUGGACACGAGCGACACAAGGAAACGUUUAAAAUGUCACGUUGUCGUGGAAGUGCCACCAUUGAGAAAGGCUAGGAGUGCCUAUGGCGACCCGGCCGCUAAAUCCGCCAAGCAUACGGAAACAACAGCACUCAAGAUAUUGUAUAGACAGAACGAGCAUGUCGACAGACGCCGAAAGUCAAGUAUCGAUAAUAUGGAAGCUAAGCAUAAAUCAUCCGCAAUCAAUAAUGAGAGUCUUAAUGGAGGUGGAAUGGAGGAAGAAGAAGAUGAUAAUGACUUGCCAACUUACGAAGAAUUCAGUGUCAAUAACUUUAUUAUAUAUGACCAUGAAUAUGAGAAGGCUAACUUGUAUGAAUUGCAAGAAUUAGCCCAAGUAAAAGAGAGAUUUUGGGAUGGAACAGUAUCCAAUUGUGGCUUAAGCUUAGAUUGUCAAAAAGUACCAAUCCGCGAGUAUUCAAUCGGUGGCUAUGGUACGUCUGCACAUGACGUUACAGUCUGGCUUAAAUCAAUGCAUAACAGACACGUAUGGUACAGAGCCCAGCAGCCCAGCCCAGAAUAUACUAGGUUAUGGCAUACAUUCUUAUGGAAAGCGCGUUUAGCAAAAUAUGUCCUCGAUUGGGCAAGUUCAAAUACCGAGGUGACAUUUACCGAUCUUAAGGAUGACUUUUAUACGUGGAUCAGUAAACUGCGCGGUGGAGACAGUAUCUUUCAACAAUGGAUUGGCGAGAUGAAUGGGAAACGUGAUUUCCGUGCUGUUGUUGUCAAUUGCAGCAGAUUCAUAUGGACACAAGCAUGGACGCUGGGAGAUGAUUAUGUGAAGCUUAAAUUCUUCCAGGACAGCAGCUUCGUUGAAGAGUAUAAUCACGGCGAUAAUAAUAAAUCUACAGAAUGUACCAUUGUCACUCCAAGAGUAUACAGAUGGUUUGCGGACGUAUUUCCGGAUUGCUUAGAAAUGAUUGAGGAUCCCGAAAACUCUCCACGUACUUCAGAUGAUGAUAUUACUGUGCAAAUAGAGCAGACAGAAGAUUAUAGACUAGUAAACCAUAAUAAUGGACAUCCGAUAUUUAUUGAUCCAAAUCUAGAUGGGCAUACCUAUAGGGGAGUCAUAGUUGAUGGUAUAACAAUAUCUGUUGGAGAAGCUGUAGAAUUGAACGUCGACGGACGUGGUAGAUGGGGUAGAGAUGAAAGUCGAUGGAUAUGUAUUAAAACGGGAUAUUUUGAAAUUACAUUUUUGAGUCUGAUUACUGAAUUGAAGCGCACAUCGAUUGAUGACGGCGCUUUCAAUCUUGUAUGGUUAUAUACGCGAAGACAGACAUUUCUUCAUCAAGUGGACGUAGACUGUCACCCCCAAGCAGAGAAAGAAUUAUUUCUUGCGUAUCAUUGUGAAUGUCAUACGCCUCAGUCGAUAUCUACGAUCAAGCGAAAAGUAAACGUUCUUUUUGGAGCAGAUAGCUCUCCAGAUCUCGAAACUAGCUUCUUCUGUCGAAUGAUGUAUGAUAUAAACGAUGGGUCUUUUCUUACAUUUAAGCCAGAGAUGCUUCGAUCUGCUUCUGGCAGUCGUCUGUGUGGCUGUUUGUCACCAUUAAAAUGUGUAUUCGAUGAAUUCGUAUCAAAAUAUCAAGUUGGCGAUUGUAUCACUCUCAAACUUGAUGUCUGCCAAGAUGAGAUCUGUACAGUCUGUUACAUUGAGGAAAUCAACACGGAAGACGAAGUAGCUAUUUUAAGGAGAUUCUUUAGGCCAUGGGAAAUUUAUGAACGAAAAUCCGGAGAUAUCAUUAAUGAAUUGUUGUGGUCGAAUUAUUCAUUCGAGUUUACUGCCUUCGAGCAGGUAAUCCGAAAAUGUCAUGUAGAGUUUAUACAACGAAGUAGCAUGAUUACAAUGAACGAACUUCCAAUUAACCUGAGGCAUCGUGGAGCUGGAGAACAUUUUUUCUUUUGUAGGGAAUAUGACGUUGACACAAAUGAAAUUAGUUUUAUCAAACUAUUCGAGUCCCAAGAGCAUUUUCCACCUUAUUAUGAAAAGAUUGAAACUUUUAAGAAGUUAAAAGGACUCGAUCUAUUUUGUGGUGGUGGAUCAUUAGGUCGGGGAGUCGAAGACUCUGGUUUUGUCUCCUGUAAAUGGGCCAUAGACAAUGCUGAGGCAGCAUGUAAAACUUACAAACAGAAUGUCCAACACGACGACAUAACCAUAAUGAACGCUAGUGUAAACGUUGUAUUGGUAGAUGCGAUUCUUGGUGAAGGUUGUACGGCCGCGCCAAAGAAGGGCGAAGUGGAUAUAAUAUUAGCAGGCUCUCCAUGCCAAGGAUUCUCGCGUUUGAACUUGUACCCAAACAGCCCUCGAGCUCAAGCAAACAAUUCCCUAAUAGCUUCUUUUGCUUCGUUUGUUGAUUAUUAUAAGCCGAGAUUUUUGUUGUUAGAAAACGUUCCUACAUUGAUUGGCUAUGGAGGUAUAUUGGUUAUUUUAGUUACAUUUAGCAUUAAUGAGCUUGACAGGAAAUUCACACCUAAUCAAAUACAAAAAGGCCAGGCAAUAUUUCCACGGUUAAUUGCUUGUCUAUUAGAAAUGAAGUAUCAAAUCCGUUUUGGUCUCGUUUGUGCAGCUCAUAUUGGUGGUGCACAAGAGAGAAUCCGUGUAUUUAUGUGGGGUGCUGCUGCAGGGGAGCAGCUACCACAGUUGCCACAACCAUCACACAGGUUCCAAGGGAGACGUUUUCAUAAAUAUACGCUGAAUCUACCAAAUGGUGAUCGGUUAACUGGUCUUCCUGAAGACAAAUAUGCAAGCUUGCCUAUGUUAACAGUAAAAGAUUUAAUAGGCGAUUUACCAUCUUUAGACACAGGGAUAUUUUGGUAUCCUAGGUAUCCUGAUCACAGAGUAGAAUACAUGAAAAGUAAAUACACUGAACUUCUAAAAUUAAUACCAGUGGAUACUUCUAAAGCCAACUAUUUCAAAGCAAGAGAACUUGGUUUAGUACCCCCACACUUGCAAGUGAAAUUAUUUGAAGAAAAAUAUAAUCGACCAGAGAUUCGAACAGGAAAAGCACCAUGUCAGCGAGUAACAGCAGAUUAUGUGUUUCCAACUAUUAUAACCAUGAUGAGGAUUGAUAGUCUUACAGCUGAGGUUGUACACUACUUGGAACCACGAACACUGAGUGUUCGUGAAGCAGCCAGAGCACAGGGAUUUUUGGAUUCAGAUAUUGUGUGUGGCUCAAUCAUUGACCAGCUCAAAAUAGUUGGGAAUUCAGUACCAAGAAAUGUAGCAUUUGCUCUAGGGAUACAAUUAGGGGAGGCAUUGUUAAAGGAAACAAAUAUUGAAGAGACAACUACUGAAGAGAUAAAUACUUAUGCUGAAGAGGCAAAUGCUGAAGAGAUAUAUCCUGAAGAAAUAGAAGACUUGAUAAUAAUAGAUUAA